CCCGGCCAUACUGGCCCCAACUGACUGAGGGGCCUGGGGCUGCAGGGCCGGCCCGCCGGCCUCGUGGGCAGAGCCGGCAGCAUGGACAGCCUCUUCGUGGAGGAGGUGGCCGCCUCCCUGGUGAGGGAGUUCCUCAGCAGAAAGGGCUUAAAGAAGACGUAUUUGGUCAUGGACCAGGAGCGGCCACGUUCUGAUCUCAGCAUAAACAGCAGGAAUGAUCUGCGCAAGGUUCUGCAUCUUGAAUUUCUCUACAAAGAGAACAAGGCAAAGGAAAAUCCUCUAAAAACAAACCUGGAACUCAUUACCAGAUACUUUCUGGACCACUUCGGAAAUACUGCUAACAAUUUCACUUUAGAAACACCAAUUCCUGCACUCUCAAUUCCAAAGAAAAGCAAUAAGUUGCCAUUGAGAUGCUCAGAGACCACGCUGGUAAAUAUAUAUGACCUUUCAGAUGACGACACUGGAUGGAGAACAUCGUUGUCAGAAACAAGCAAAGCCAGACAUGACAAUCUUGAUGGGGAUGCACUUGGUAAUUUUGUGUCGUCCAAAAGGCUCCCAUACAAAAGUAAGCCCUUGCAGACUGUCCAAGGUGAAAGCCCACCCUUGGCUCCUGCAUGGGAGAAGAUGGAAGAUCUUAAAUCGCCAGAGCUUUCCUUGGACAUGAAGAAGAUGGGAGAGAAGACCAGGCCGAAGUCGGGCCUGAUUGUCCGAGGCAUGAUGGCUGGGCCCAUCGCCAGCUCCCCACAGGAUUCCUUCCGCAAACGCUCUCUGAGGCGGUCCCCGGGCUUGAGUAGCAGUACUCAGCCCCCAGAAGAAGAGAGUCAGAAGGUGCCCGAGCUCGCCAUGGGAUCCCCCGUCUGUCCAGCCCCACAGGAGGUCUUGGCCACGAGCAACGGCUCCCCCUCCAGGAACCCCCUGGGUCAGCUGAGUGAACUGACCACAGAGAAGCGGAAAACCACUCCCAGCAGCCCGGCCCACCUGCCCGGCAAAGGCCUGCCCCAGCGGGAGAGGGCCAGGUUGAAAGAGCCUUCAGCGGGCAGCCCAGCAGUGGACGGCAGCACAGCGGCAGGCAGGACGCCCUUGAAGUUCUCCUUGCCUGGUGGGAAUUCCUGGACGACCCAGGAGAGACUGGAAAGAGCAUUCAAACGGCAGGGAGGCCAGCCCCCAGCCCUCAGGAAAGGUCAGUCGCUGGCAUCCGACAACACAGAAGGCGAGCCGGGUGUCCUGCGGCUUGAGGACGUGGAGGAUGAGUUGAUGAAGGAAGACGUCAUCCUGACCCCGGCACCGUCGAUGCUCAAGCUCCAAGUCGUGUCAAAGCCAAUCGACCUUUCGGUAGCAAAGGAAAUAAAGAUCCUUCUAUUUGGUACAAGCUUGUCCUGUUUCAGUGAAGAAUGGAAACUUCAGAGUUUUUCCUUUAAUGACAUAGCUUCGUUAAAAUAUGGCAUUGUGCAGAACAAGGGUGGCCCCUGUGGGGUUCUGGCAGCCGUCCAAGCCUGCGUCCUACAGAAGCUCCUGUUUGAGGGAGACGGCAGCGCUGACUAUGCUCGGCAGCUGCAGCCUUCAAACGUCCACAGGACCCGCUGCCUUGCCUUGGCCAUCGCAGACAUUCUGUGGCGGGCUGGGGGCCAAGAGAGAGCUGUGGUCACGCUGGCUUCGGGGACACAGCAGUUCAGUCCAACGGGGAAAUACAAAGCAGAUGGAGUCUUAGAAACACUCAUACUCCACAGCUUAACCUGCUAUGAGGAGCUGGUGACUUUUCUCCAACAAAGCAUUCAUCAGUUCGAAGUGGGCCCUUACGGAUGCAUCCUGCUCACCCUGUCUGCCAUCCUGUCCAGGUCUGCGGAGCUUGUUCGCCAGGACUUCGACACCCCCACCAGCCAUCUGAUUGGAGCACAUGGCUACUGCACGCAGGAACUGGUCAAUCUGCUCCUGACCGGGAAAGCCGUGUCCAAUGUUUUCAAUGACGUGGUUGAGCUGGAUUCUGGGAACGGGAACAUCAUGCUUCUCAAAGGCAUAGCUGCUCGCAGUGAUAUUGGCUUCUUAUCCCUCUUUGAGCACUACGAUGUGUGCCAGGUGGGCUGCUUCUUGAAGACGCCGAGGUUCCCCAUCUGGGUGGUGUGCAGCGAGAGCCACUUUAGCGUCCUCUUCAGCCUGCAGCCGGAGCUGCUGCGUGACUGGAGGACCGAGCGGCUCUUUGACCUGUACUACUACGACGGCCUGGCCAACCAGCAAGAGCAGAUCCGGCUGACCAUCGAUACCACGCAGACUGUCCCUGAAGACAGCGGCGAUGACCUCAUUCCACCCCUCGAGCUCUGCAUCAGGACCAAGUGGAAGGGGGCGUCCGUGAACUGGAAUGGCUCAGACCCCAUCCUGUGACCCUGAGAUGUGGGUCAGCCCCAUGGCUCCACCGCUCAUCUUCGGGGGUGACAACUGAACCCCAGGCCUCAGGGACGAGCCUCUGAGAAGCAUGUCGCCCCACCUGGGCCAGCAUGGCUGCCCCUUCUGUGACGGGCCCCACCAGGACUCUGAUGAGAAGCCUGGGGCGCUGCUCUUCAGUGUCCCUCCCAGCGGGGCCAGGACUGCCAAAGGACUGGAAGGAGGUGGCUGGGUCUUUGCUUCCUUUUGUCACAUCUCUCCCUUGUUCCCUGCCGGGCCAUCCCCUUGCCAAGGCCUGUGAUACGGGAUUCUGGGCACUUGUUAUUUCUCAGAGUUGGCUUUCUAUAAAGCAGGAGUCAGACACA